AAUCCUGUACAAGAGACUGGCAUGAAACCUGAAGUUUGCCUUAUAAGAUUGAAACACGGCAAUCAGUAAGUGCCGCCAACAUGAAGGCUUUUCUCUCCUCUCCUCUUACUUUACAUGCGUGCCAAACUGAGAAAAUGCCUUAUUCCUCUUUCUGGAGAGUGGGUGUGAAUACAAAUAGGUCAGCAGCAGCAGCAGCAGCAGAACCCCCCCCCCCCCAAAUCAGUGCAGGCAGCAACAGCAGCAGAGACGGCGUGACGUUGUGGGAGAGCGUACUGCCACCAAGCCUGGAGCUGCCUUUCAGAACGAACACAACUCACAGCGCUGCUCCCUGUUCAUCUUCCUCCUCCCCCGCUGCUUUCACCCCUCUAGCACUCUCACAGACAACACAACGGCAGCACAGAGCAGAGUGUGAGGAGCUGCUGAAUGAGGAGGGUGAGAGGCGGAAAGUGUAAAGGGGAAAAAAAGGGACAGAGGCACACAGGGGGGAGGGAAGUUAACACGAGAACAUGUGAAUCAAAGGGGAAGAGCGAGAGGAAACAGGGAUCAGCAUGGAAAUGGACGAAAAGCUGAACAAACAGAGAUGUAAGGCUUUUGCAUCAUCCGGAGAAGAUCCCCAUCUAUCCACUGCUGCUUUGAUAUACGACAAGCGAGGAUGGCAAAAGAGCCUGGGCUGCAACUAACUGUCAACUACUGACCCUUUCUCCCUUCGGCCAAAGACAACAGCAGCGCAGCACUGUUAGCAUCAAGCCUCUGGGGACAAUGCGCCAAGACAGAUGGAGAGACCGCAACACUGGAGCUCUGACACAUGUUCUGCCUGUGCACGCAUGCAUGUCGUAGACAGCUAUGAGUUGCUUCAAGCGGACUAAUUUUCCCAGUAUUUCUGAGUACAGCCACAUGUAGGUUGGAUUUAAAGAAGAAGGAUUUGUCAAUCGUUGUAAAGGAUUGUAAUUCAUCACAUUCAGAAACGAUCGAUGCCAGAAAUUAAAAAGUACUUAGAUUAAAACAGGCAAUCACUAGAUAUGAAACAUCAGGGCAGCUUGUCAGACAACAACAAAAUGAUGAGAUAUCAAUAUUGGGUUCCUUAAGCGACUCAUCAGAUACACUUCACUGCCUCCAGGGAUCAAGGCCUGGUCAGAAGCUGCUGACAAUUGGCCUUACAAAUGUGACUGAGCGAAUUAAUCAAACCAUGAAGUGGAGACGACGCCACUGCUGUACACAUACAGCUAAACUUAUCUAUCUCCUCUCACUGUUGGGAGUACUGGUCUUCCUGGUUCAACAGGUGUGGCUGCCUAGGCUCACAGGUAUGCCAUGGAGGCGAGGCAAUCCUGUGGUGUACGGAGGUGGAGAACUUCAUACCACCAAAGUCAAAUCGAACAUGAGCGCCCAACAAUCAGUGUGGAGGUUUGUCAAUCCUCAGCCGACUUUCAAUGCUGAUGCUAACAUCAGCUCCCAUGAAAAGGAAGGUGCCCCCUCUCCUCGGGAAGACCCAAGUUUUGAGCACACUUUGGCAGCCACUGUACAGGGAGAACUUGGCAGCACUAUAACCCAUGGGCCUUUUACUUAUAUCAUCAACGAGCCAGACAAAUGUGCCGAGAGCAGACCUGCGCCAUUUCUGGUGUUGUUGAUAGCCACUGAGGCUCGGCAGGUAGAGGCAAGAAAUGCAAUACGGCAGACAUGGGGGAAUGAGAGUGUGGCUCCAGGUCUGGGAUUCAUCCGACUAUUUCUGCUGGGGGAAAAUGAGGGAGAGCUGGGACUUCUGCAGCAGAGGAUGCUAGAAGCAGAGAGCCGGAGGCAUCAUGAUAUCAUUCAACAGGGGUUUAUGGAUUCCUACAAAAACCUGACCAUUAAGACAUUGAUGGGAAUGAACUGGGUGGCAAUUCACUGCCCACGAGCCAGCUAUGUCAUGAAGACGGACAGCGACAUGUUCGUCAACACAGAGUACCUCAUUAACAAGUUGCUCAGGCCAGAAAUGAAGCCUAAAAAAAACUACUUCACAGGCAAUAACAUGAGAGGCUUUGCGCCAAACCGAAAUAAAAACAGCAAGUGGUACAUGCCGCCUGAAUUGUAUCCAAGUGAUAAGUAUCCAACCUUCUGCUCUGGGACUGGUUACGUCUUCUCUGGAGACUUGGCAACAAAAAUCUAUCGAGCAUCGCUAAGUAUCAGUCACCUGCAUCUGGAGGAUGUGUACGUGGGAAUAUGCCUGGCCAAGCUCCGGAUCGAGCCCACUCCUCCACCCAAUGCAUUCCUAUUCAACCACUGGCGGGUAUCUUACUCCAGCUGCAAGUACAGCCAGUUGAUAACAUCACAUGGGUUUCAUCCCAAUGAACUACUUAAAUACUGGCAUCACCUGCAGAGCAACAAACGUAACGCCUGUAUAAACACAUUGAAAGCGAGAAUAGGCAGGACACACUAAAACAGAAUGAACGGAGACAAAACCAGCUCAACAACUGAGAAGUUCGCAUUCUCUUUUUACAAGCGCUUUGUUAGAUACAAAUAAUGAUUUAUAUUUCACCACAUUCUCUGAGAACUCAAAAGAAAUUCUGCAUAGAUGUUGUUUUGAUUAAGUGCUCUAAAAUGAUGCCAAUUUUGUACAAAAUAGUUUGAAUGUGUGAGUCAAGCCACUGGAGAGUUUUUUUUUUACAAAAUAUGCUGUGUUACAAAAGCUACUUUUUGGAUUAAUGUAAGAUCUACUGUAUGUGUUUUAUAUAUGCAGCGUCAACAGGGUACAGUACCAAUAAACAUUUCCACAUGUGUUUCAAAUAGUUAGUGAAGAGAGACUGAGACUGUUGCAGAUUGACAAAUGUGGGACAAGCCCCAUUGUUAUGUACCAUAAUACAAUAUAUGCUUUUAUGAAAAUUACACUUGGGAAAAGUACAUUUGAGGACAUAGGGCCGGAUUUACUAGCAUCCCGAAUAAUGAGUACUAAAUUGUGUGUGCAUUCUAAAAUAAUGCACGUGCAAUUGUAGUAUCUGUUAUGGGUGAUUAACUAACAAUUAUUGCGUAGGUGACAACAGGCGUAAACACAAUGGAGGUGGCAGUAUUUAAAUGAGGGUUUUGCGCGUUUUAAUGGUUUCCGCCAUGGCGAAUCAGGUCGGAAAGCAGCCUCCACUUGGUUUGUUUCAUUCAGUGUGUCCCUAGUAUGUGGAAAUUGUAUGUACCUUCCCAUCCUUUGUAAGAUUGCACUAAGUACUUGGCACAGCACACCUGAAAAACUGCUUUGGGAAACUCCAGCAGAAACAGAUACAGUAUGCUGCAAUGACCCACAUGGAGGAAAGACCAGCAGACCGUGAUCUCCUGGCCCUGUACGCCUCAUUCCCUCUCAGAUACCUACAAUCGGUUGUGUCAUUAUUACGACCAGCGUGCUGUGAACAGUUGGUGAUCGUUCCCUCUGGCUGGAUGAAUUGUACGCACUACUGCAGCCGUGGGCUCGCCGCAGCGAGCAAAGAAGUCAGGUCGAAAUGAAAUAUGCUUUAUUGGCAUUAAUGUUAAUACAACAGUAUCGCCAAAGCUAAAGGAAAAUAAAAAUAAAUAAAUAAAUUCUAUUCAUAUAGUUCAUCGAAUACAUAAAAGAAAAAUAAUUUUUUUUCUAUAUAUUGGAUAUACAAUAAUAUUGUCUAAUAUUGCAAAUUUAUCUACGUCUUCUUUCAUUAUAGCUGUGUCUCCUUCUCGCAACGACAACAGCAGCCAUCUCUGCGCAAUAGUUGUUGUUUUUCACCUUCCUUUCAAACGUAAGACAGAUGCUGUUACACUUACAUUAAAUUGCUUUUAGGCUUGUUAGAUCACAUUGCGUAUAAUAAAUAAAAGGUAUUUGCAUGUUACCCUCCCAUUACUUUGCACAAUAAAAUUGAAACACC